AUGAAUAAUGGUGGCUUCGAUGCUCUCUUUCAGGCAAUCGAGCAUGUAGAGACUCAAGCUCAGGAUUCUGAUGGCAAUGUUGCCGCACAAGCCUCUCUUCAAGGACGUUUUCGGAUUUCUUCCCGCCAAACCACUCCUCCUCCUCCCAUCACUUCUAAUAAACGUCCAGCCUCUGAAUCACCUCAAAAGCCACUUCCAAAACGUGGUGGAGGCCGUGGACGUGGGGCUGCCACCCAUUCCAAAACUUCGACUACUGUAGGUACCAAAACACUGAAAGCAAAAGCAGUGAUUCUGACUGAUCCACCAAAUGACGAUGUGUUCACCAGCGUACGAUGGACUACUGCUGAACAAACCUCCUUGUUCACACAUCUAUUCAGUUCAGACAGUGAUGAUAUCCAUACGAAAUGGUUGAAGAAUAAGGAUCAUGUGUAUAAGAAGUAUCUUGAGGCCAAUCCUUUGGUUGCUGAAAGGUUUACGAUCAGCUCAGUUGCCAACAAGGUGACUGCAAGCAUUUCAAUGUACUCAUACAUUAGGGAGUAUGAGGAAUUCACUGGUGGUGGCGGAGAUGCUGACCUUCAGUCCAUGAUUCCUGAGUCAGAUGAAUGGCACAAGCAACGGCUUACUCUGGCUAAGCGAGGCGGGAAAUCUAUUGGUUUGCUCACUGUUAAAAAGUAUCAUGACUGGAAGAAUAAUGGUUGGUAUGAUAGAUUUGAAGAGCAGUGA